UCGGCGCUAGCGCAUAUCAUGGUUAUAGAAUGAUCAGUUUGUUAUUCAGGCAGCACAGGGCCACUGGCCCCUGCAGACCCCUGUGUAGAACCGCCACUGCGUUCAUCCUGAACGACGUCUUCACUUUGCCUAAGUUGGAUUUUAUGUUUCUGACAGAAACGGCUGAUUUCUACACUGAAAAAUUCACAUGAGGACCAUGUUUCAAUAAUGUCAGUCGUCAACAAGCUUUGAUCCAGAUAAUGGAAUGAAAAGGUCUGAUGCAUCGAGGAAGUUACCUUCCUGGACACCACUCUCAGGUUUGAGAGUAGCAUUGUAUGGCUUUGUUGAUGACUUCCCUGUGACACAAACACACAGACAAGUCAGAUUUACUCCUCGUCCCCGGACUGAACUUCACACGUAUUCUCCUCAGCCUCUUCCUGUGUGACUGACUGACAUCCUGGUUUCAUUUAUCUUUUGAGGAUAUUCAAACAAGCAGCAGAGGAGGACCAUAUUGUGACCCAGUUGUCAUGGAGACGGCCAGCUUUAUCCGGGACAAAUUAACUGAAUGGGGCCUCAGCGAGUUCAUACAGAGAUUUGAAGAUGAAGGCAUUGACAAGGACACGUUUCUAAGUCUUGGAGAUUCAGUGAGACUUAAUGUCUUGAUUGCAAAAAUUGGACCGAGAGUGAAAUUCAGAAAGAGACUCAGAGAAUACUUCCAGAUGGAGACCUGUCAUUUUGUCCAGAAUAAGUUAGCUGAAUGGGAUCUCAGUGAGCUGAUUCAGACAUUUGAAGAAGAAGGCAUUGACAAGGAAACCUUCCUCAGUCUGGAGGAAUCAGGCAGCAUCAAUGUCUUGAUUCCUCAGAUUGGACCAAGAGUAAAAUUCAGAAAGAGACUCAGAGAAUAUUUACAGGCCCUGGAAACCAGAGACGAAACUCCUGAAAUGAUGGAAACAAACUCAGAGACCGAGUUCAGCACCGAAAUGGACCCUCCUGGUUUUCUGUGGAAUCUGGAGUCGACUUCAACACCAGACACAGAAAGUGGCAUUGAGAUGGGUGAGGAGCCGGUUUAUCCGGGUGCAGCGGCGACCAGAGGACAAGGCCUGCUUGCCGUCAUAAUGUUAAUUUUGCGUCACCGUCUGCCUGCAGCAGUUCAAAGGAGCUUACUGGCCCUGUUAAAUUUUCUCAUCCCUACUCUGGCUGCUGAGUAUCUAUUUGACAAGAUUCCAGGCAUGUCUGCUGUGUUUUACUGUCAGCUCUGUCAAAACUACAUGGGAAAAACCCCUGAAUCGUCUUGUUCGCACUGUGGCACAGUAUUCGACAAAGCAAGCAGCCUUCAAAGUGGAAAAUUCUUUUUGUUUUCAUCCCUGAAAGACCUUCUCAAAGACAUCCUGAAGACCCACAAUACCAAGUUGUUAGCUAAAACAGUAAAACAUGGGCAUGACAUUGAAGAUGUGAUGGAUGGGAUGAUGUACCAGAACCUGCUUGAACAAGGAAUGCUGGCUGCAGAUGACAUCACCCUCAUGUGGAAUUGCGAUGAGGUACCGAUCUUUAGCUCAUCGCAAUACUCAAUUUGGCCCCUUCAAUUUACCAUUAACGAACUUCCUUACACAAAGAGAAAGGAAACGGUGAUAGUUGCAGGGCUGUGGUUGGGCCAACAGAAACCUAAGAUGAACACAUUUCUACGGCCUUUCACAGAUGAAUGCUGUGAUUUAGCCCAACGUCCGUUUCAGUGGACGGACAGCUCUGGCUCAGCUCACUCCUCAAAAGUCUUCUGCUUGGUUUGCUCCUCUGACGCCGUGGCAAGGCCUCUCCUGAGGAACUGCAAAAAGUUCAAUGGAGAGUACGGUUGUGACUGGUGUUUACACCCUGGCGUAGUGGUUGAAAAGGGCGGUGGAACCACAAGAUCGUACCCGUAUGAUGAAAUGGAACAAGCAGCCAGGUCAAAGGAAAUGUUUGAGGAAAAUGCAAGACAGGCUGAAUGUUCCACUAACCCUCAGAAUGGGGUGAAAGGACUGUCUUUGCUUUCCGACCUUCCCUUGUUUGAUAUUGUGCUUGGAUUUGUACCUGACUACAUGCAUUCAGUUCUACUUGGUGUGUGCAAACAACUUGUGUGUCUGUGGUUGGACGAAGUGAACGCUAUGAAAGGCUGGUAUGUGGGUCAACACAUUUCACAAAUGGACUCCCGCCUUCUCAGUCUGAAGCCGCCGUUAGAAAUAAGGAGAUCUCCACGGUCACUAAAGUGUUACAAGUCUUGGAAAGCAUCGGAGUGGCGAGCGUUCCUUUUGUUUUAUGGUGUUAGUGUCCUGCCAGGUAUCCUACAGCCCAGAUUUCUAGAACAUUUUUUUUAUUUGUCAUUCAGCAUUCACACUUUGCUCCAAGAAUCAGUGUCCCAGCGUGACCUCCAGCUGGCCCACCAGCACCUGGUCCACUUUGUAAAAAAUAUGAAAGAGCUUUAUGGUGAAGAAAACGUGUCCUUCAACUGCCAUCAGUUGAUCCAUUUGUCUGAGAGUGUCCGUAACUGGGGGCCUCUCUGGGCAACGUCAGCAUUCACCUUUGAGAGAAACAACGGAAAUUUAAGAACACUGCUAGAUGGCAGCGACUACAACCCUGGACAUAUUUACCGGAGGUUUGCCUGGUGGCAGCACAUACCUGCACACCUUCAUUCACUGGUUUUUAACCAACAUGCAGACUUUGCAGAGUUAUUAGCCAAGCUCUCACUCUUAAACGAUGACAGUGGCUCUUACAAGCCCCUUGGAGAAUCACGACGUUUGGACAUUACAGGAUCCAUAACUCAGGCAAUAGAAGAGCUCUUAAAUCAACCAGUUGUCUUGAAAUCAGUUGAAGCUUUCGACAGCUUCACUUUUAGAAACACUGUUUAUCACUCGACCAGCAGCAAAGAGUCACACAGAGCAGAUGCUAGUGUUAAACUGAAGGGAGGCUGCUGUGGAGAGAUACAGCUGAUGUUCCUCUUUAAAGAGAACUGUGUUUGUACAUCCAGAUGCCUCUGCCAGGCUUUUCCCAUCGUCGUGGUGCAGCUCUACCAUGUCAAACCUGCUGCACUGUUCAGCAACACAAGUCCUCACAGUGCAUCAGAGACGACCUUCCCACGAGUCGAAAGGACAAGUCGGCACAAAGCUUUCUACUUAGAGGACAUACAAUGUAAAUGUAUGAAUGUGGAUGGAUGGCUGGUGCCUCUGCCAAACACAUACGAGAGAUAUUAGAGCCCCGAUAGAUAAAGGCAGCAGCAGGACACCAGGCUGUUUAUAUCUAUCUAUCUAGAGAAUCUUGAUAUAUUCCUUGUUUUUGAUGGUGCCGUUUAUUGUGAUUAAGUUCCAUGGUCCACUGGCUGAAAAACAUUCCCAAAGCAUUGGGUUCCCACCACCGUGUUUGACAGUGGGCAUGGUGUUCUUAGGGUUGAAGACUUCUCCUUUUGUACGCUAAGUGAAGGCAACAUCACUGUGGCCAAACAAUUAAAUUUUUGUUUCAUCUGACCAUAAAACAGAAGACCAGAAGUCUUCUUCUUUGUCCGGAUGACCAUUUGCAAAGGCCAAGCGGCCUUUUGUGUGCCUUAUCUGGAGAAGUGCCGUCCUCCUUGGUUUGUGUCUGUGGAACCCAGCAGUGUGCAGUGUCUGCUGGACUGUCUGCCUUGAGAUGUUGCCACCAGCAGGGUCCAGAUUCUCCAGGAUGGCCUUGGUGGUGAUCCUUGGAUUCUUUUUCACCUCUCUCACUAUCCUCCUGGCCAGCAGAGGCGUCACAUUUGGCUACUGACCGCGGCCUCUAAGGUUUUCCAUGGUGUGGAGCAUCGUGUAUUUUUUAAUAAUACUUUGCACUUUGCCACCGUAGCUUGAAAACAUUUUGAUAUGGCCUUAUAGCCUUUUCCUGACUUGUGAGCAGCCACAAUGCACAGCCACAGGUCCUCAGUGAACUCCUUUGUCUUAAGUCUGGGUUAUACUUUCCGCACGAAUGUGAUGUGCAGAAAUGAGACGCUUAGAAAUCUGCUCGAGAGAGCAUGUGUGGCUUUAUACUGAUCUUCUCCCAAACUGCAGGGUGCAGUGUAUCAAACACACGUCUACCACAGUACUAAACUAGAGUAGAAGAAGUUUGCUAUUGUUUACACAUCUUACAACAUGGCAUUUUACCAAAUAGUUGCAUUUCAGCAGCUAGUUUUAAUUUCAUGCCAUGUAUUGUUCCAAACUUGGUUGUCAGGGUAAUCUCUGUGUGAUGAAUCGUAUAAAUGCCUGUAUUUCUGAACUUCUGCGGCUAGGAGUUCCUGUUCUUCUGGCAGUUUUUCGUGUCUCCAUCACCGUUGUUAGAAAAGUUUGGAGGUGCACAUGAAAAUUUUCCACUUGAGAAGGGCUGUGUGAGGGGGCGUGGCUGCUAAAAUGACGCAAUACAGCUGUUCCCAAUGAGUCAGGGUAAUUAGGAUGCUUUAGAAAGGGCUUGGACUAUUUGGAAUGAUAUAGAACCUUGGAUUUUCCCAUAGACUGUGAGAGUUUGCAAUCGGUAUGAAUAAUUUUGGACAUGCCAGUUUUUGUUUAAAUGUAAAUAGAAGCUGAGAAUAUAUUUUUUCCACAAUGAUGCCUCUUAUACAUCUAUCUAUCUAUCUAUCUAUCUAUCUAUCUAUCUUGACUGUGGGAAUGAAGACAGAUUUCUGUAUUUUUCAACUUGGGGGAAUUCUGGCUCAGAAAAUCUAAUGUGACAUUUUGUUAUCUUUAUUCUUUUAGGUGAGAGCCUUUUUGUCAUGUGAUUUUGUUUUUGCAUGUUUGGUUGUAUUUCCUGUGAAUGACUGUAUAUGAAUAAUGCAAUUUACCAUAAUGCCACUCAGGAUGUGUGUUUUCUUUCUUACCAUUAUUUUCAUUUCUGUAACUCUAGUUAUUAUUCAGUCUGGAGGUUAGUGAUGUUGCUAUUAAAAAUGUACUGUGCA